AUGGCGCCAACACCUCAGUCGGUGGACACGGCGACAACGCCGGGCAGCGAGGACCGGACGAAACGCAACGUGGCGUGCGUCAACUGCCGCAACUCCAAGGUGCGGUGCAAGGCGAGCCAGAUCGCCGGCCAGCCGUGUCAGCGGUGUGCCAAGCUGGACACGAAGUGCGUCGUCGACAAGACUCACAAGCGAAUUACGAGGCGGAGCAAACUGGACCAGCUUGAACAAGAGCUGCAGAGCAUCAAGCAAGCCGUCCACCCCAAGGCAGACGGCCCGUCGGCGUCGGCACCGAGCCCGGCCCCCAUCGGCCCCGGCACGCGGCCCCUGCCCGCGGACAGCAGCAAGAGUACCCUCGGGCCGCCGCCGCCGCCGCCGCCGCCGCCGGGUCAGGACGCGGGCCGACGUGCCAAGACGGGGCCGACGAAGGCGCGGGCGUUGGGCAGUCUCGUCGUGUCGGGCGAGGAUAUCGACUGGUACUUUAUCAAGUUUCUCCAGUGCUACCACCCGUACCUGCCGAUCCUGCGCAAAAAGGACCCGGACGAGUGCUUCGAGGCCAACGCGACGCUCUUCUGGGCCAUUGUGUGCGUCGCCAGCCGGCGGUACCCCCGCGACGGGGCCGUGUCGCCGGCCGCGGCCGACCACGUGGGCCGCGAGGUGUGGGCCAUGAUGGCGGCGCCGGCGCUGGGGCUCGAGGCCGUCCACGCGCUGCUGCUGCUGUGCGCGUGGCCGCUGCCGGGCAUCCGUUUCGUCACCGACCCGUCGUCGACGUUUGCCGCCGUCGCCCUCAACGCCGCCAAGCUGCUGGGCUGCCACGUCGGCCGCGGCGCCAACCCGCACUUUGCCGUCGGCCUGCGCCAGCACCUGCACUCGUCGGACGAGGAGGCCUCGUCCACUUGGCUGGCGUGCUGCAUGCUCGCGCAGCGAUCGGCAUCGAGCAUAGGCAUCCCGCCCCCCUCGAUCCAGCUCGCCGACGACGGGCCCCGGCGCGCGCUGCAGUCGCACCGCUGGACCGACUUGCUGGCCGUCUACGAGGCCCAGCGCUUCCUCAACCGCUUCUACGCCGCCAUGGCCGCGCAGCUGGGCGGCGGCGGCGGCGGCGUGCCCGAGGCCGUCGUGGCCAUGUGGGAGGCCGACUUUGAGGCGCUGAGGCCGCUGCUCGUCCGCUUCGACACAGACAUAUCCCGCUUCUGCCUCGUCGCCGCCCAGCUCGAGAUCCAGACUCACUACUUCAUCCCAACCACAGCCGCCCCCUCCUCCUCGGCGACGCCCUCGUCACCCCAGACCGACGCCCCCCGGCCCUCACUCCUGCGCAACACGGCCCGCGCCCUCGCCACGUCGCGCACCCUCGUCACCCUCGCCCUCGCCCUCGAGGCCCGCGCACAGCUCCUGACCCACGCGCCGCAGUGGGUCCUGCGCAGCCUCGUCGACGCCUCGGCCAUCAUCGUCGCCGUGCUCGCGCACCCAUCCUCCUCGGCUCUCCUCCUCGCGCAAGACGCCGCUGCCGACGCCGGGGGCGGUCCAGACGCCGCCGCCGCCGACCAUGACGCCCUCGUCCGCCAGGCCUGCGCCGCCAUGCUCCGCUGCUCCGUCCGCGACGCCGACCUGCCCCACCGCGCCUGCGUCCUCAUGGAGACCUUCUGGGCCGUCCGCAACCUCGUCGCCGUCGCCCCGCCGCCCCCGCUCGGCCCCGGCCCGUCCGCCUGGCCCGACCGCCUCGGCGCCGGCGUCACCUUCUGGUGCCUGGAGCGGUUCCGCCUGGGCCUCAGGGCCGCGCAGAGCAGCACCGACAGGGUCAACAAGGCCCUCGACCUGAUUCAACACAACCGCCCCAACGCCUCCUCGAGCAACGACGCCGUGCCGGCGUCGAGCAUCCCUCCCGCCAACGCCACCACCACAACGACGUCCAGCAACGCAGCUGGCCCUGCCGCCGCGGACAACACCGUCGACGACCCCGAGCAGCAGGCUGCUGUCCAGCCCGGCUCGGAUCCCUUCCAAGACGUCGACUGGUCCAUUUUCAUGGAUGAGUUUGGAUGGACCGGCGAAGACGCUGUCUUGCUGGGUCUACCUUGA